GUCGGGAGUUCGCUAAGGACGGAGGCGGCGGGAAAAAGACGGAGAUAAGGAGAGGCGAGGUCCGGACAGAAGACAUCGAGGGACAGUUCAGUGGCCCCUCCUCCUCUUCCCUUCUUCGCGCCGCGCCUUGUAGCAAAGGCCACCAGCUCCUUGUCCUAUUUUUGACGUCAUCAGCGGUGAAGGUAGACAGCAGGGGGUGGCACGCGCGCAUGCGCUCGCGCGCGCGAUUCGCGGAGAUGGUGAACGUCCUGGCUGACUCUCACUCGCGGCGGUGCGAGGCGAUGCAAGGUCUGCUGCGGCGGUCCACGACGGUGGCGGCGAAGCAGUGAACGGCGAUACGUCGCGCGAAAAGGAGGCUUUCGGGCUACGGCCAAAUUAAGGGCGCGCACCGCGUUUAAUCGCGAUCAGCCGCCGUCACCGGCUAAGGAUCAUCCGGAGUCGUUGUUCGCCGUUGCCGAUGAUAGCGUCCGUCGAGUGUCGUCGAGUAUUUCGGACGACGGAUCGCCACACACGGCCGCGUCGACGCGACUUUCGCCGAUUAUGGAUAGGAGAGAGCGCAGUGACGAGCGCGAGUGCCUAUCUCGAGUUUAUUUGUGAACCGUAUUGAAGACAACGGAAGAGGAGGCGGUCGCGGCUCCGUGCCGUGUUCACCAGGUGCUAUCACUCGAGAGAUACAUAUCAGAAACAAGAUUGGACGAAAGGAUUACGUAUGUCUCUCAUAUGGGACACCGAUAAUCAAGACACUGGAGGAUUUAAGAAAUUUGUGGCCAAUAUUAGAGGGAGAGCUGUUCGUGUCAUCGUUCAUCAACGGGACUAUUAAAACAGAAGGAUCUUAUUAUACGAAUGACUGGUCAUGGGUUUUCCCCAAGGGAGUCUCACAAGAAAGUAUAGUCACGGAAAGUGAUAGUCGAGCGCUGCUUUUCAUCAUACGACGACGAAAAAAGGGAACGAAUCUUCUUCAUCGACAAUUUCGAUAAGCUUAUCGCUACGUAAAUUAGGCGAGGAUAUCAGAUCCUAUCGACGUUAUCAGCAUUGAAUACCAGGUCACAAAAUGGUAUCGAGGCGGAAGAUACUUUCGCGCUCGCGAGAUAAUCUCGUGGAAUCGCAAUACGAAGAACAAGACGAGGAGGAUGUAUGGUAUAAUUUGGAUAAAUUAUACAAGGAUCAUAUACAAGAAGUUUUAGAUAAAUGGAAUCAAAUAGAUGACGAAAUUUGGGCGAAAGUCAUCGUCUUCGAGAGAAAUAGACGGGUUGCGAAAGCGUACGCUAGAGCACCUGUUCUCACGAUAAAUGGUUCGAAUGACGGAUUUGAUGGCUUCAGGAUAGGACUUUGUGGAUUUGAUAAUCCCAUGCGAGAUUCGAAAACGGAGGAGGCCAAACGUCACAUAAAUCAAGGAGUUAAAAUAAAAAUGGAUGAGCAAGGCAAUAUACUCAUCAAAAGAUUAUGUAAGAAUAACGUGUAUGUCAAGUCGACGAAUCAAGAGGACAACGCAAUCGGUCCGGAGAUCAUACGUAAUUCGCAAGGCGCGCUCGAACAUGAAAAACCCGGAAAGUUGUUCGACAUGAAUAAAUUCCAAACGAAUCUGUCACGGGAAACGCGAAGAGCUUAUCCAGACAGGCGACGAUUGGAGAUGCAAUGUCUGAGCGCCAUCAUAUUCGUGAGAACAGAGGCCGACUUACUGCAAUGUCCCGUAUGGGUACUCAUCGUCAAUGUAGUCGGACUGGACAUGCUCAAGUCAAAGCUGCCGCCAGUUUUAGCAUUGCAAAGGCCGGUAGAUAUAAAAAAUAGACCUAGAAUACCAAUCCCCGAUGAAGAUCCUUAUAGCGUGGCCGGCGUGUCGUCGUCUAUAGGUCCUAGCGAAUUAAUACCGGCAGAUAGAGACUCGCGAGAACAAAUCUAUAUGCAAUCGACGAGUUAUCAACAUCGACGCGCAGAAAGACCGCCGAAAUUGCCCCCUCGAGAAAAUCUCUACGGCCACGGUAUCCCAAAGCCUGAUUAUGAUGAUAUAGAAGAUGAUUAUAGCAGAGCGAUAAAGCAUCCUAUGAUGAAUGAGGAAAAGCGAAAUAAACACGACGAUAGAAAAAAAUAUGAUGACCCAUAUUAUUGCGGUUUACGAGCUCGUGUGCCCAAUUUCGUUAAAAUGGCGAGAAAUGGUCACAGUAAGAUGGGUCCUCUGCCUGCUCGAGGACAUCCCAGGACACAGCCGGCGCCGUCUUACGCGGGCGCCGCAUAUGCUAGUAGUCAAUCCUCUCAAAUAUAUGGGCAUUUGCCUGUCCAUCGACCACCCAUUAUGUAUCACGCUAGAAGUUUUGAAAGCGGACUUGAUUCGGAUAAUAGGAACGAGUCACCGUAUAACCACAUAUACGGAAGGUUACCGAUCCCGACGAGAGGCGUAAUACCUCCGACACCGCGUGCUAUGUAUAUUGGAGAGUGGGAUUAGAUAUAAGAAAUAUCUCGGCGUUUGUACUUAUAAACUUUCUGUAUAUUGUUAAUACACCACAUAAAUACUCAUAUUUUUAUGCUAGCA